UCGCUGAGUCACUAUUGCAGAUUGUCUGUCAUUGAGCAACUUCCUACUAAGAGGCGAGAAGCAGGUUAGUAUGACCAUGAGCCAGAGGGGCGCACAGCAGCCUCGCGGCUCGGAGCGAUCCCAGGAGCAGGAGACACUGGAGGGCCUCGGACGGCCGCCGAUGCGUCAGGGCAGCUCUACUGACCGGGCAAACCACUAGCCACCACCGCCCGUCGUCCCCUCCGUAAAAUCAGCGGUGCGCCCGAGGCCCUUCCAGGUGCAGCUCUACCUGAGGUCACACGCCCGGCCCCGUCUGCUCGUCCUGGGACCCCGCGCUCGGGAACCACCUUCACUCACUUCCCCUUGCUCCCCUGCAAAUACGGAGCAAGGCUCCCUAACUCACAUUAAUAAUAAAGGCAUUUAUGAAAUACUUUAUUAAACAUGAACUUACGGGACCCUUAAGAACCUUCCCUCAUCAGCUUCACAUUUUUGUCGGAGGACUUGAUCCCGCCAGACAGGCGCUCCUCCCCUGCUCACCUUCCCUUUAAAACGCGUCGGAAGACGCCCCGCCCACUACGGAGAGCGAAGGGGUCUCGGCGCGGAGCCCGUUUACCGCCGCCUACCGAUCGCCGGCCAGGCACAGGAAACUUAGUGGUGAUGCUGAAGAAGAGGUCCAAGAAAAGGAACAAGGACUAAAAUUACCAGGAAUUGACGAAACAGAGGAAAUACAGCACAGAGAGGUAAAGGGAUCUGGGGGACAUUUGUCAAUUUAUUAUCCAGUGCUUGGAGGACGUUGGAGUUUCCCAGUGAUAUGAUCUCAGGAUGGCUGCCCUCUUUCUCAAGAGGUUAACAUUACAAACCCUAAAGACUAGCAAUGGCUGCAUCAGGAGCUGGCUUGGCAAGUACGUGGUGCAGAAGAGGACGCCCGCACAGCUGCGCCUCUUCGCUCCUGCGCCCGGGCCGCCCCACCUAACGCACACGCACGCUUUCAGUACCGACGGGGACACCCAGGACGAAAAGAUGCCCAAGAGAAUGAAUGGAACAGAUCUUAGUAACAUCGGGAGGAAAAUCCACGACCGGAUUAUUCAUGUCCUUGAUGAGAAGGGCAACGAUCUGGGGAACAUGCACCGGGCAGCGGUGAUCCGGCUCAUGGACGAGCGCGACCUGAGGCUGGUGAAGCGGUGCAGCGACGCGCAGCCGCCCGAGUACCAGCUCCUGACGGGCGCGCAGAUCCACGCGGAGCGGCUGCAGCUGCGCAGCGAGGCCCGGGCGGCGCCGCAGCCUGGACCAACCCCGACAAAGGAACUAACUUUUUCUUCAAGUAUUGCACAACAUGAUUUGGACACAAAGAGGAAACAGAUUCAGCAGUGGAUUGAGAAAAAAUACAAAGUUCAAAUUACUAUAAAGAAAAGCAAGAAUGAUCAAGAGCCGGAAAAUAAAAUUGAGGGGAUAUUUAAUCACAUACUCCAGACUAUGCCUGGAAUAGCUACCUUCUCAUCCAAGCCACAACCUGCUAAAGGAGGAAAAGCUGUAAUGUGUAUUCUUCGUCCUUUAAGCGAAAAGGAAGAGAAUGCUUACAGAGAAACUGAAGGUACCCAGAAAGGAGACACUCUGAACAAAGAAAAUGGAAAUGACAGAGGAUCAGAUGUUCUGCAUUAGUGAUUUUAAUAAAAAUGUGCUUCAGAGAGACAGUAACUGAGGUGGCCAGUCUGUAGUCCUUGAAAAAAAGCCAUCUGACAUUAGCUGAGGGUAAGUAUUGCAACUGUCGAGAGCACCUUGUCUUCAGUACAGUUCAGUGACUCUCCAUUUUUAGGCAACGAUAAGCCUUGUUCUUGUUUCCUUUUAGGAGGGAUAUAUCCACUGAGACGGGAGGCCAAACUCCGUUUUUCACGAGAUGGUUUUACCUUUGGGGAUAGGAAGACAGAUUAUUAGAAUUCAGAGUCAAAAUGACGUGAACUAACUUACAGCAGAUGCACACCCGACAGGUACCCAGCCCUCCUUUAUAAACGCAGUCCGUGCAGCUGCUCCCAGACAUGGUGCAGAUUCACAGCAGCAGGUAGCUGAAAAUACUGUGAAGAGACUUUGUGCUUUAAAAUUUAGUUUGUCUAAGUCAUCUCCACUUACUUUGAGCUUCAUUUUCUUCUUGUCAGGAUCAUGAACAACAGCAUGCCUAGUGAGACUUUGCUACAAUGAAAGAAAAAGAAAAAAGUUAUAUUUUAUAAACAUUGCCAUUUGGUGUCUAUUAAUGUGUAAAAUCCACGAGUCCUUUAAAUAAACUGUCAGCCUUC